ACGCAGACUGCUUCUACAAACAUUUGUGAAAGACUGUGCAAUAAGUCCAUCCGUGAAAUUUUCUUGCUACUAAAUAUUCCACGGUCAACUGUCAGCGUUAUUACAACAAAGUGGAAGCAACUGGGAACAACAGCAACUUAGCCAUGAAGUGGUAGGCCAUGUAAAAUGACAGAGUGGGGUCAGUGCAUGCUGAAGCGCACAGUGCACAAAAGUCGCCAACUGCCUGCAGAGUCAAUAGCUAAAGACCUCCAAACUUGGUGUGGCCUUCAGAUGAGAACACAGUAUAUAGAGAGCUUCAUGGAAUGGGUUUCCAUGGUUGAGCAACUGCACCAAAGCCUUACAUUACCAAGUGCAAUGCAAAGUGUUGGAUGCAGUGGUAUAAAGCACACCGCCACUGGACUCUAG